UAAGACUGUACUAAUGGUAAAAUUAUUGGUGCCAUGGUUUGAAUUCAAAACCUAUUGUUGUUGUUUUUUUAAUUCACCGGUAUAACUUUGUUUUUUUCUCCUGUUGGCAAACUAGGAAGCAAAAAAUAGCCGCACCAAUGGUAUUUUAUUACGUCACUCGUUACGGAAGCGCCCGCGUGCUCGGAAAUAUAAUCCACCUCAUGAUUGACUGUGAUGGGUGACCCCCUGUCCCUCUAACAUGAUAGUUAACAUCACAGAACAAUGAGAGUAAUUGUGAGCUGAAAUCUGUGGUGAUGUUUCAUCUGCGGGGUGUUGGUUCCUUCAUUCGAAGGCUCCUUCACAACAAUGUCCCUGCGAACCGUGACCAGAUUCUGGAUCAGCUGCGGAUCUGCUCAACUGAAGACCACAUUUUUGACGUGGUGGGGAAAAACAAGGCCAAGCUCACCCUGAACCAUGUCAGUUUGGCCGUGAAGAUGCUGUGGCACUUCCAGAAAGAGAAACCGCAGUUGUUGAGAACAGUCCAGCUCAUCAAGAGUCAUCCGGAGUUCCUGACGCUUCGGAUUUUGGCUGAGAACAAAAUUGCACUCAUGGAUGAUCUUGUAUUGGUGGACUUACUCUACAGUUUUCUCAGGCUGAAUGUGGAGCCCCAUGACUCGCUUGUUCAGCAGUUAGUUUCAGAAGGUUGGUUAAGAUUAGAUAAACUUCCAAUGGCAUCCCUGUCCAAGUUUGCCAUCUGCCUUACUGAUCAGCAACUUCAACAAAGUUCUCUGAUGGGCCAGAUAACUAAUAUUGUGGAUCAGAAGUUGUCAUCUAUCAAUGAUGCCAGAAUCCUAACGACGUUACUCAUCAGCAUCUCCUCCCUGGUGUCUCCUCGUCUUCGGGACGCCCUUGUUAGCCGGGCGGACGUUCUCCUUGGUGUUAUGGAUCAGUCCCACUAUAAUAACAUGCGCAGAGUGGUGCAAUUCCUCCGGAACAUCAAGUACGGCCACAGGCCUCUGCUGGAAAAAUGCAACCAGAUUCUCUUGCACAACAUUCCAAGACUGAAUGCGGAGAACAUCAGCAUUUUCUUGGGGUUGUAUCAAUCCCUGCAGUUUAACAACUGUGACUUCAGACUGGCAGUGAAACAAAGGCUGAUGGAACUGAUAGAUUCCAGCACAGACCCUUUUUCCUUCACCAAACUUUUUGCUGCGCUGGCACCAAUGGCGAGUCAGGAGAGCAGAGAUGGGUUGGAGAGCACAGCACUUCUUUUGGCUGAUGAGUUCAGCGCACAGCAGGCGUUGGCCAUCGCUGAAACAUUAGAAGAGAUUCAGAGCAGGAAUUUAAGCCUGAUAAACAAAAUCGUAUCAGUCAUCCAAAGAAACCUUGAUGUCUACAAGCCAGUGGAGAUUGCCAGAAUCGUUCAAGCUCUUUAUCUGUUACGUUAUCAGAAUCCAGAACUUUUCAUCAAAUUAAGAAACAUUUUAUUGAGAUUUUUAGAGCACAGCAUCUUUCCACACGAAGUGACCAUGCUGACCCGCGUCCUGUCCAUGCUGCCUUCGCCACGGCUGGAGGACAGCGUGGUCUCGCGGUUGGACGCAAUGGUGCCUCAGUGCAACCUCAACGACCUCAGCAGCAUUUCCGUAGCCCUCGCCAAGUGGGUGCGCAACGACACAUCCUACCGCCGUGGCACCCCCGGCAAAUAUGUGCGUCUGCUGCAGACCCUCAACCACUGCGGCCAGAACAGGCUGCAGACGGCUGACCGGCUGGACUUGCUGCUCGAGGACCUCAGAUACAUUUCGGGAGAAUGGUUCGAGGAAAUGCUGCUGGAACAGAUCAUGGCCACGCUGCAGAGGAUGUCGGAGCAAAUAAACUGGACCAAUGUGCCAGAUUUGUCCAUUUUCUUAACCAGGUCUAAUUUUCUCUGCGUACCCUUGAUGGAGCGGAUCGCCGAUGUGGCCAUUAGAGACAUUGACAAGAUUCACCACUCAGCAACAUAUGCCACGCUGCUUCCCUUUUCUGUCCUCAAUUAUGAUUCUGAAAGAGCAGACGAACUUUACAAUGUUUGCAUCCAGCGUUUAACUCCUCAUAUAGGUUCCUUUGACCCUCAUCUACUGGUUCUGCUGGCCUACUCUCUGGCGGUAGCAGACUCUUUUCCUGAGGAACUGGUCAAAGAAAUCUUCAGUAUAGAUUUUCUAGGAAAACUUGACGCCCAGCUGGAAACGCUACCUGAUGCCCUUAACAUGCGGAUCCGACUGCGGCUGAUGGAGCUGAAUCGCGCCGUGUGUUUGGAGUGUCCUGAAUUUCGGGUUCCAUGGUUUCAUGAGGGUUAUUGCCAGCAUCUGCAAGAGAAAGGGAACAAGUUGAUCAGCCCUGUGCAAAAGCAAAUCCACAAAUUGUUGGGCGAGGUCCUUGGUGGUUUUCAUUUUGUCCAAGUCGCAGAGGUCACGCCGUAUUUUUACACCGUAGACUUUGAAUGUAUUCUGGACAAGCAGCUACAGCCAUUGCCUUACGGUGAGCCGAGAACUCUGCAGAUCUUUGAUAAAGGAAAGAUCCACUGGGGGUUGAGUUCACAGGAGAAAGACAGGAAUGAGCUUCCACCUGGAGCACAGCGUGUUGCCAUUAACUUCCUUGAUUUCAAGUCCUUUUGCAAAAAUUCCCAUCAUAUAAGAGGGGAUGCCCUGAUGACGAAAAGGCACCUUGAAAUUUUGGGAUAUCGCGUUGUUCAGAUCCCUCACUUUGAAUGGAACUCUAUGGAGCUGUCAACACUGGAUGCAUGGAAGGAAUACCUCAAGAAGAAAAUAUUUACAGAGCGUUUGCCAUGAAAGCCUUAAUAAUUGAAAUAAUACUUAUAAAGUCAACAUAGUUGUAUCCUAUUAAAACGAAUUUACAGAUAUUUCAUCAGGUGCUCUAUAUUCAUAUUCAUCACUAAUGUGACGUGUUUUUGUCCAAUUGUUAAAAUGUUUUUUUAAAUACAAGAUGGAACUUGUACUUGCCAUGUGAUCAUUACAAUUGACUCCUUUUCAAAAGGAAAUGCAGUACUGUGAAAUGAACACUUUUUCUUUCCACACUGGAGCUUUUGUUGAGGUGGGUGAUGUCAACAUUCUGAAGACAGUUUUAAGAGAGUGUAUAAACUUCUGCAACAACAUUAUUAUUAUUUUCUACUUCCCCUGUGAAGGAAUCCGACCUUUUAGCCAGAUUGCUGGAAUCACGCCAGCUGGAUUAGCGCUGGAACCGCGCUACAGCAUUUCCAACGACCCCGGCCAGCAGAAUCCAGAUAAUCCGGCCAAAAGGCCAAACUCCGCUCGUUCACCUUUGUUUUAACCCCUUGUACUGACUCCAUAUUAAAAGCUGGAAAAAGACUUCGAAACAUAAGUUGACAGUUUAUUCCAAGUCAACAGCAAUCAUAAAGCAAAGCAAAACAGCAAAGAGACCCAGGCGAGGAGGAAGACUGGAUCCAGAGUCUCCAUCAACUAAAAAUUCCCAAGAUAAGACUGCUUUAGCUAAAGAGUUCAGUCUUUUGAAGGCUCUAGUGAGGCAGGCUGUGGUUCGGAAUAAGGGUGUAUUUGGGCGUUGUUAAGGGUAAUUUUCCGUUGCAGGUUGGGCCGAUGAAUCUGUGCGU